CCAGAGUCUCCCACUGGAGUCCCUUUUGCUUCACUCUUCAUUCCGCGCCGCCCCGAGCAGGUCUCUCCUCUUGAGUGUCGAUUGUAUUGCUCGUUUAAAAAGUUAGCUCAAGCGUGACAAGACAUGGACUGGAUGCAACCCCGCGACCAGCUUCUGCACGGCUCGGCGCCCGCCUCCGCGCCCUCUUUCAAGCUCGUGGACUCCAACAACCGCGUACGUGAGCUCACGGACCCACUCAAACGUCAGUUGGGCGCGUCUCCUGCCUUCUACCAGCCCCAAGUGAGCGAUGACGGGCUCUCGGCCGCCGAGCUGGAAGAACAGCGUCAGCUCGAACAACAACUGCAGGUUCAAAAGGAGGAGAUGUGCUUCAUCUCGCCGUUGCCGCGCCCCGACGCCACCCGUUUGCGUGUGCCCACCACGUCGCACGCCUUCACGUACGGCGGCUCGAGCUCGUCCAAUUUACACUCGACGCCGCCUCUGGCGCCGCCCGUCUCGCCGUUUGCCAGCAUGGCACUGUCGGCGCCCGCCGCUCCCAUCGGCAAGAGCCACAACCCGUUCCUGAGUGCCAAAAUCGAGAACAGCCCGCGGUUGCCGUCGCUUAACGCUAUGCGCAACUCGCCUGGCACGCAUCUGAAGCCGCUGGGCAUCGCCUCGCGUCCUCCGCCGCUCUCAUUGCGCUCAUUUUCGGACGUAUCGACGCUGUCGUCGUCGUCCCAGUCGCCGUCCCCGUCGCCCUCGCCGCUCCACCAGCCUCAGCUGCUGCACCAGCACCACCCCAAGGCCCCGCUGCGCUCGCUAUCGAACUCGUCGCUAUCGUCGGCGGCUUCUACGUCGCCCAUGCUGUACUCGCAGUCGCUCCCGGGCGUGUCCUUCUUGCAAGACAGGAGACGUUCCCGUAUGUCGUUUGACGGUGCCGAGCGCAUGUCGAUUUCAUCCGAGGACGAGGACAGCGGCAUGCGCCUACUCAGCUCGAGUGUGGGCCGCAGUGAAGGCAGCAGUGAUGCUAUGACGGCCGCGGCAAACGCUGCUGCUCAGGCGGCACAAAACAACGGCGCUCGCAGUGGCCGCGUCUGCAGAUACGCUAACUGUAGCAACAUUGCUCGCUCACGUGGACUAUGCCGCACACAUGGAGGUGGAAAGCGAUGCUCGCACCCGAACUGCAACAAGAGUGCUCAGGCGAACCGCAAAUGCAUUGCGCACGGCGGCGGUACUCCCUGCUCGUUUGAAGACUGCGAGAAGACUGCGCAAUCGCGUGGUCUGUGCAAGGCUCACGGUGGUGGUGCUCGUUGCAAACACCCUGACUGCCCGAAGAGCAGCCAGUCCAAGGGUCUGUGUCGUGGCCACGGUGGCGGCAUUAAGUGUAAAGCUGAGGGCUGCGAGAAGUGGGUGCAGAAGAACGGGUACUGUAUCAAGCACGGCCGUGAACGCGCGCUGACCUCUUGAAAAGCUACUUCCUAGCACAACAGCAGUGGAGUUAGCCACUGAGUGUGUUGUGCAGUGGCUGUCUAGAGAGGGGAAGUGCGUCGAGGCCGUGGAUUGAUGUUUAUCAUUUAUUCGGUGGAGGGUGAGAAGCGCUUCUAACGGGAGCGCGUGCGUGGAAGAAGGUCGCAGAGAAGGAAGGACCAACUAGCUGUACGGCACAAGCCGAGUGAGUUUGGUGCUUGGAAGUAUUAUUGACACCCGAGAGUUAUCAGAGCCUACAGAGGCUUCAUGGCAUGUAUAUAUAAGUGACUUUGAUUUACUUUUUCUCAUCUU